UACAGUGAGCAAUGCCAAGAGACCGCAAAGGGGCUGAUUUGAGCCGCAAAGCACAUCAGAAAGCACAGAAGAACAAAUCCAGCAACAAAAUACUGACGCACGUCUCAGAAUAGCGCAAUUGCAUCAAGAAGAGCCAGAAGAUACACGAGCUGAACUCAAUGAAGUCAGAAGAUUAGAACAACGACAAUUAUACCGUUUCACAGUCAAUAGACGAAGAACAAAUGACGAACAACGACAACAGAUACCUCGAGCAUUUAUAUCUGAUUCAUUCCUGCGUCUAGCAUUCCGGUAUGAGCCCGAUAUUGAAUAUUAUGCUCAUUCAAAAGUGGUAAUUGGUGCCAUGGACAAGGAAUGUCCGCAUUGUCAUGCUCUGAAAUUCAAAAAUGAACCAGCUGGGAUUUGUUGCGCGUCAGGAAAAGUGCAACUACCUGAAAUUGAAACACCACCUGAACCAUUGAACGGCUUACUUAUCGGCACGGAUCCAGAUUCUAACGUGUUCCUGAAGUCAAUUCGCAGAUUCAAUUCAUGCUUUCAAAUGACAUCGUUCGGAGCGACAGAAAUAGUUCAAAAUACUAAUGCAAAUGGUCAACAAUUCAAUUCUACAUUCAAAAUCAGAUGCCAAGUUUAUCAUAAAAUGGGCUCACUGCUGCCAAUGUCAAACAAACCACAUAAAUUCUUACAAAUCUACUUUAUGGGCGGCGAGGAUUCCGGAAACGCACUUGCCAAUCGCGUGAAUGCACGUUGUGAUUAUAAUAACCUUGAUUCACUUUAUGCCAGGCGCAUUGCCAGCGAGCUAGAUGCUCUUUUGAAUGAGCACAACGAGUUGUUGAAAAUAUUCAAAUCACAUAUGCACCAAUUACAAAGCGAUAAUCACGUUAUCGUCAUUAUUCCUGAUAAAACACCAGCUGGAGAGCAUAUUCGUAGAUUCAAUGCACCCGUUGUUGAUGAUGUUGCUGGAAUCAUGGUUGGCGAUUGUACAGCUGCACGAGAAAUUGUGAUUCGGAGAAGAAAUAAUAAUCUUCAGUUCAUUGCUGACGCACAUCGUUCAUAUGACGCUCUCCAAUAUCCGCUAAUAUUCUGGAAGGGACAAGAUGGAUAUUGCAUAAACAUAAAACAACGAGAUCCCGUAUCAGGAGCUAAAACAAACAAGAACGUUAGCUCAAAGGAUUAUUAUGCGUACCGAUUGACGAUUAGACGUGGCUUGGACAACGUCAUUUUACGAUGUCGUGAGCUUUGUCAACAAUUCAUGGUCGACAUGUACGCGAAGAUUGAGAGCGAACGACUACGAUACUUACGAUAUAAUCAACAAAAGCUGCGCGCGGAAGGGUUCAUUCAUUUGCUAGACGCUAUCAACAACAACGCCGACGUCGGCGAAAUUGGUAACCAUGUCAUUUUACCAUCAUCGUACGUAGGCAGUCCACGUCAUAUGCAAGAAUAUAUACAGGAUGCUCUGACUUUGGUGCGCGAAUAUGGACGACCAUGUUUAUUUAUCACGUUCACAUGUAAUCCAAAAUGGCCUGAGAUUACGUCUUUGCUACUGCCUGGCCAAAAUGCAAAACAUCGCCAUGACAUUAAAGCACGUGUGUUCAGACAAAAGUUGAAGUCUUUAAUAAGUUUCAUUACUAUAUCACAUGUAUUCGGUCCCACACGUUGCUGGAUGUAUUCGGUUGAGUGGCAGAAGCGAGGAUUACCUCAUGCACACAUUUUGGUUUGGUUCAUCGACAAAAUCCGUCCUGAAGAAAUCGAUAGUAUCAUUUCUGCGGAAAUUCCAGAUCCAUCCACUGACCAACUACUGUUUGAUAUUGUAACAACAAACAUGAUUCAUGGUCCAUGUGGUGCUCUCAAUAACUCAUCGCCUUGCCUGGCUGAUGGAAAAUGUACUAAAAAUGUCCCUAAAGAUUUUACAAAUCAUACGGUCACAAAUGUCGACAGAUACCCAAUAUAUCGUCGAAGAAAUCCUGAAAAUGGCGGAACACCAUUUAUUAAAAAUUUCAUCAACACAGACAUUGAUAUUGGCAAUCGUUGGGUGGUGCCAUAUUCGCCUCUGUUGAGCAAGACAUAUAAUGCUCAUAUUAAUGUUGAGUUCUGUAGUUCUGUGAAGGGCAUCAAAUACGUUUGCAAGUAUGUCCAUAAAGGCAGUGAUAUGGCUUUAUUUAGAGUGGAAACUUCUAAUGUGAAUGCUCCUCCAGUGAAUAAAAACGAUGAAAUAACGCUCUACCAAUUUGGUCGGUACAUUAGCUCCAAUGAAGCUGCUUGGCGUAUCUUUGGUUUUCCAAUUCAUGAACGGGAUCCAGCAGUUGUUCAGUUAGCUAUCCAUCUUGAAAACGGUCAGUGUGUAUUUUUCACGAACGAUACAGCGAUUGAUCGUGCAAUAAAUCCACCUAAAACUACACUCACUGCAUUUUUUGAAUUGUGUAAUCGUGCGGAUGAUUUUGGUGCCUUUGCACGAACAUUACUAUAUUCACAAGUACUACGCUAUUUCAUGGACUCAAACAAAAACAUGGAUGCCCCGCAAGCAAGUGAAUGGGCAACAAUAUCCAACGUAGAUGCAUGCCUUGCACUCGGCUUGCUGGAAGACGACAACCAGUGGGAAUGCAUGCUUGCUGAAGCUGCAUUGAACUGUACAGCAAUACAAAUUCGUCUACUAUUCGCUAUAAUGUUGACUAUAUGUUUCCCAGCCCGAGCACAGAUAUUAUGGGAAAAUCACAAAGAUUCAAUGACUGAUGAUAUAUUGCAUCAACAUCGUAUACGGUGCCACGAUCUAACCAUAACAUUCAGCGACGAAAUGUACAAUGAAGCAUUGAUUGCUAUUGAGGAUCUUUGCAUUGUCAUUGCCAUCUUACCACUUAGUAAUUUCGGUAUGAAUUCGCCAAAUAGAAAUGCAUAUGAUAUAAUGAAUACUGAAAUGAAUCGUGAACUGAAGUACAGUAUUGUAGAAAUGGCAGCGAUUAUUGCUCGCUAUGUCCCACUACUGAAUGAGGAACAAAGAACCAUUUAUGAUCGCAUUAUGUUCGCAGUUUCAGCUGGACAAGGUGGGUUCUUCUUUUUGGAUGCACCGGGUGGAACUGGCAAAACAUUCGUUAUUUCGCUAAUUCUUGCUGAAAUACGAUCAAAUAAUGGCAUCGCAUUGGCCGUUGCAUCAUCGGGCAUUGCAGUAACUUUAUUGGAUGGAGAUAUACGUAAAGUGAAUGGGCAACAAUAUCCAACGUAUAAAGAUGCAUGUCUUGCACUCGGCUUGCUGGAAGCUGCAUUGAACUGUACAGCAAUACAAAUUCGUCUACUAUUCGCUAUAGUGUUGACUACAUGUUUCCCAGCCCGAGCACAGAUAUUAUGGAAAAAUCACAAAGAUUCAAUGACUGAUGAAAUGUACAAUGAAGCAUUGAUUGCUAUUGAGGAUCUUUGCAUUGUCAUUGCCAUCUUACCACUUAGUAAUUUCGGUAUGAAUUCGCCAACUAGAAAUGCAUAUGAUUUAAUGAAUACUGAAAUGAAUCGUGAACUGAAGUACAGUACUGUAGAAAUGACAGCGAUUGUUGCCCGCAAUGUCCCACUAAUGAAUUAG